ACGACUGAAGCGAAGCCAGAGCUUGUUAGGGGUUCUCUGGCCUCUGUGAGCCGUGCCGUGCCGUGCACUCUUGUGCUGUGUAACCCCCGACCAUGUCAUGCCACAUCAUUUUAACACCCUAAUUAUUGUUGUGAGAGCACUUAGCCAGCCAGCGCUCUCUCCCAGGACAGAAGCCUUUACGCCAGCCAGAACCACCACCGCCACCACCACCACCACCACCACCACCACCACCGUCUGACUGGGCCUCACAGUAGCCACCAUCAUCAUUACGUUGAGCCGUCCCAUUGCAACACGUCAGCCGUCCAGACUAAUUAGUUUGAUCUAGCCUCGCUCAAUGGCUCUGUUGUGUAAUUUUGACGAGAGCUGUCAAUCACUCACUUUGUUUAGCUGCCACCUUUGUUAACAAAGACGCAGAACAGUGCAUGUUUUACAGAGGCAGAGAUUUUUCUUUUUUCUUGCAUAGUUUAAAAAAAAAAAAACUCUUUGGUCUACGGCAGGUUCGUGUUCUUUUACUGCGAUAAGUGUUAAGGUUUAGCUUUGCGUUGAAUAGGGUUCUUGGCCUCUCUCCCCACCGGGGUCCUCCCACAAACAGCUUGUAAGGGAUCUGCUGGUUGUCCAUGGGAAUACGGCCUAUAGCCAUCGCCUCCUCUUUAACUACCAUCAACAACAUACCUGGGAGGGGUCUGAAUGAAUUGCUUCGUUCUAGUGGGCUACGGGUAGGAACGGAAGCAAGUAUCGCUGCCUGUGAGGAUAGUAAGUAGAGUGAACACAAAAGAAUCCAAAGCCCCUCAAUCCAUCCAUCACCCUCCCUACAGUGGCAGAUGGUUCUGAAUUAUUCAUAUGAAGUUUGUGCGCGGAGUGGACCCAUGGCAGUGGAUUUAUCCUGGAGACGAUUACAUUUCAGGAAAAAAAAACAGAAAUGAGCCAGCCAGCCAUGCUCGUUCUACAGAAAGAGAGAGGGGGAAAUUAUCAUGAAGUCUUUAUUUAUAAACGGAAAAGAUAAUCUCGCUUUAGUGUCUGUAAUUUGGUGUUAUUAAUUAGUGGUACAUUUUUCUGUGUGUUGUCAUAACAUCUCUUCCAUUUUGCCUUCUUCUAAUUAGUGGAGGUUUUGAUCCUUUUAAAGAUGUCUUAUGAGGAUGAAGUGUUAAGCGUUUCGAUCGUUUUGUUUGCUUUUUGUGUCAUGUCUGUGUACUGGAAAUUUUCAAAUGGGGUUAUUAGAUGUUUAUAUGACAGCUUUCUGAGUAACGUCAGGUAAGUUUACCUUGGAGAUUUAGCCUUCUUGUCUGUCUGCCUGUCCUUUUGGGGGCGUUUGAUGGAAAAUAGUUCCUAGGUCCUUGUGGCAUUUAAACAUUUGAAGUUAAAUUAGUCUGACACUAAGAUGUGACAUUUCCUCUAUAGUUCCACAUUUCAUCUUUCAAACCUGCUCUCCAUGCAUUGACUAGCACUCAGACAGUCAAUUAUGGUGCAUUUAAGAAAUAUACAAGGUUUAGGCAUUUUUUUCAUUGCUUAUUUUUGUUUUGAAGAGUGAUCACAUUUACCAUAUGUGCAGUAUUGAGCAGUAUUGGACAGGUAAUCAGAAACGCCACUGCACCAGCGAUAAGUGUUUGGUGUAUCUGUAUUUUCAACAUAUCAGACCCUGACAGCGAUCCAAUAAUACAGAAGCUAAGUUAGUCUCUAGUCUCAUUUCAGGGAUACCGGCCCUCAGUCAUGGUCCUUUAGCCUUUAAGAGGGUAGGUUUUUGAACAUUCUAUAAAAAGAAUGCAUUCUAUAACAAUGCAAGAUUCUAACAUUCCAAAUUGUAUUGAAUGACGCCCAGAAUUCUAUAGAACUUUCACUGCCCGAACAUUCCCGUCACACCGGUGUGACGGUACACUCUUAAAGGUUAGAGAUGGAAAGAGGUAAAAGCCCCUGUAAAGAUUCUUUUCUAACUAGGCAAAGUAAAACUAAGUGCAAGGCACAGGAAGUACAUUGAGCAUUCUCAGUUCUUAGCUUAGUGUGUGGAGUGUUUUGAUGGCUGAAAAACAGUAUAAAUGUGUAAAUGAAAAGUGAAAAACAGAAGUAGCUUGUGUUCUCACUUGUGGUGUUGGCAGUUAUGAAUUAAGCUGCUUGUUUAAACCAUGGCCCUACAGCUGAAGGGAUUGCUUAGUGUAAAUAAAUCUCUCUGUGUCUUUGUAAUAAAAUAUGGUAUUGUGACUACAGGCAGAGGCACAAAAAUACCACUGUUCCCAAUGAUUCAUUUUCUGGGGGAAAAUCUGAAUGGAAAUAUGGCUUUUGUAGGUGGAAUAAGACUUACAAUAGAAUAACAAAAAAUCCCAAGAACAAUGGGAAUUACAGAGGAGUAAUGAGAUCUGGGUGCUGCCGCUGUCUUAUUUUUGCAGUUUCUGUGAUAUUUCAUUCAACUAAUCUCAUUGGACAUAAAAGGGAUGUAUGUAUUGUGCCUCGGUAAUGAACUUACUAAAUGCUCACGGCUCAGUUUUUACCAAAAGGGACAUCCCCUCAAUUCAGCAAGGAGUUAUUUUCUCAGAUUUAACUUGUCAUUGUUAUGAAUAGACGUUAGCUGUCGGUUUCUGUGGCGGGUCUGCCGUUUUGAAGUGUGCACAGGGAUUCCGUUGAGUUCCAUUACUCAACCUCCCCAGCAGUGAAAUGGAGUUUGGUCGUCUUUACGUUUUCAUUGGGCGACGGCACGGAGCCAUGAGCUCAAGCCCUGCUUCUGUAGCUCUUUCCCCCGUAGCUCUGCGUGAGCAUUCGCUCAGUAUUAGGUGUAUAGGUGUCGGAAAAUUGUUGUUAAUUGUUAAACCGAGGGCCCUUUUACACAGCUCUCGAAUUUGCAAUGCACACGAACGAUCCAUAAAAACUCAUUUUUUUUUAACUGGCUUUGGCCAGCAGCACACAUCAAGGGGCUCGUGGGCGUAUGUGCUUCCUAAGCUCGAUUGAGAAGAAUGGCAGCAGGCCACAGCAGGCAGGGCUGUCGUGAUGAGGCAUGUAGCGCCAUUAACGGCGCAGACGACGAGAGGAGAGGCCAAGCCAGGCCAGGCAGCCACCAGUGGGACCUCGGAGUUAAAGCAGCUCGCUGGAAAACGUGCAUGCUUUGAAGUGCGGCAGCCAGAUGCUCAGUCUACUCUAAGGUCUUUUUUUUUAUCAUCUUAAACGCCCCUUUGUUGAGAUGGGAAAGGGGAUUUAUUGACGGGGCACCAAUGUUUCUGGCUCUCUCUUUACACUGUUAUGGUCACAGAAUGUGCUUGAGCUUUGGACAUGACACUAAUAUGCAUCAUUCUUUUUUUUUCUAAAUUCCAUUCCAAAAAUGGGUCUUUUGGCUGAAGGUACGUACAUUAUGCCAUUCAGCCAUUGAGUGGGGAGACAUACUGUGCCUUCAUGUUUUUUAAUCGGAGUAGAUGUUCUGCCUCUGUCCCACUAGGCCUUUAUCUGAGCUCGGAGCCAUUAGAAAUGAGAUUGAAUUUCCGCAUAGUGGAAGAAGCAGAUGUGUGUGGGUAUCAGUGAUAAUGAUGAUGAUGAGACAAAAAAUCAAACAAAGGCUUAAACAGAAGCCAUAGUUCACUUGAGGGAAAAUGAUACCGUGGCUAUGAGGUGGCUCAUAAUAUUAAUCCUCUACCUUAGGGGGAAAAAAGCACCCUUACAUAACCAAAGGUUAAGGUCCAUCACCACCCCCACCCUGUAGUGUUUGAAAUGAACUUUUUUUCCCAGGCACUAAUCCAUGGAUUUGUAAUAACACAGAAGCCCUUGCAGGCUAAGCAAGAGAGUUCCACCAUUAUUAUUCCCACUGUUUUUGAAUCCCUCCACUAUGUUUUUUUUUCAUCUGAAAAACAUUGUAAUAGCUUUGAUGAGCACAAUGUGGGCUGGGCUGCACUAUAACCUGCUGAGUGGGGAAAUGGGAAGCUCUCCUUUUGUUGAAGACCGUUAAAGGUCUCCAUUUUCAUAACCCUGUUGCUGAGUGUUUCAGAAAUGUAUUACAUGUUUUUUUCUUUAAAAAAAAAAUGAGUCUCUCAUAAACCAAAUACUGGAAGAAGCUUCAAUUAAGUUCUGAUCUAGACAAAGAGCAUUUUGAAAACGUAUGUAUGAACUGAGUGUAUGAGAUGCGUCGUGGUGGCCUUAACCUUUCUCACAUCAACGCGACACCCCUCUGUCUUUUGUCUGAAACUUUCCAUACAUAAAAAUGGAUCUCCUCCAUCUAAAACUGACUGCAAAAACCUGCAAGAUUUAGUAGUAAAGUAGUAUAUAGUAAAUAUUCAAGAGAAGAUACAAUUUGGCAGUAGGCAGCUCAGUUUUAAUGAGCAUCAUAAUUGCAAUACCUACUCUGGCCACCAUCCUACACCGUGCACCUUUAAAUAGUGACUAUUUCCUCCUGUACACUCUACAGUUGGAAACUGAAGUUCUCACGCAUGCUCUCCGGCUGUAAGAACAGGACAUGAUAAUUACACGGCUUGUGAAAUGAUGCAGAAUGUUCCGUUGAACAGAAAUGCACGAUUCCAACUUUCCUACAUGUGAUAUUUCUGUAGGUUCUGUUUCUAUGUCCUAAUAUGACUGUUACUGUAGGUCAGUAGCGCACAGGGAGAGAGGCAGACAAAACGUGUUGCUGUGAAUUAACAGAUGCCGUAAAGUUCUUUCUAAUCUCCAAAUCAAUAGUUUAUCGUCAAGACUGUAGACAGGCAAGAUAGUAGGAGAUAGCUGUGUAAUUAGUGAAAGAAGUGAAGGCCCAACUGGGAAACUCCAACUCCUAUUGUCAUUGUGACGCAGCACUCCACAGCACACAAGUGAACACUGCACACAACGAAAUUGCAUUUAUGCCUCACCCGUGCAAGGGGGGCAGCCCCCAAUGGUGCCCCAAGGGAGCAGUGUGGCAGGACUGUACCAUGCUCAGGGUACCUCAGUCCUGGAGGAGGAAGAGGGGAAGAGAACUGUUUAAUUACUCCCCCCACCAACCUGGUGGUUCGGGAGUCGAACCAGAAACCUUUGGGCUACAAGUCUGACGCCCUAACCGCUUACCCAUGACUGCCCAUGUGGAAUACGUCAUCUGGCACGUGUAAACACUGUACAGUAAUACUCGGCUAAGUGAUGUGGGAACCCAACCUGGCGCUAAGUUUUAGAUGUUGACCUUCUGUAUAUUAUCCCAUACUGUAUUAGCAACGAAAUAAAGUACCUGCCUGUAGCAUAUUUAGGUCAUAGGCUAUAGUGUGUGAUGCCGUAUUAAAGUCAGAAAGUAAUGACUUUUUUUAAAAAUGUAUUCCUCACGGAACAGCUCCCACACCUUUUUUGGAUAAGGACAAGGAGCAACCGCCUUCCAAUUCAAAAUUUUCAUUCAUUCAGUCUUUUUGUCUUCCGCUGUGAAGAUCUGCGGUCUGCUUUGCUUUGUUCCGUGAUGGGGGGGCUGCACUGCCCUUAUCAGCCUUGGAUAGUAGCACCAGAGGCCUCCCUUCUAGGAAAGUGUGCAUUUAGCAGUGCUAGAUAAGGCUGCAGGACCACAAAAAAACAUCACAUCUCUUAUCUGUCUUUAACUCCUCUGGUGGAUUGAGGCCGAAGCCAGGCCUGCAGGCAGCCAUCAAUCACGGAGCUCCGAAUGCUAAAAUAGUUCUGUUUCACAUGGAAAUAGCUCUCCUCCGUGCCGGAGGCUGAAUGGUACCCCAAAUAAUCGUGUGUGCGUGUGUGUGCGCGCUACAUUUGUUUUUGCAGCAAAUAGAGGGUUAGCCCGUGUCCUUGUUUAGCUGCUUAACUAUUCUUUUAAAGGGUUCUGCUGCCAGAAUUUUCUUGUCGAGGCUUUGGGUGUUUGGACGGAACACCCAGUGUACAGAGAGAAAAUUACUCGGCCUGAAACACAAUUCCAGUGUGGCAAACCUCACUCCUCUGCUUAGGCAUGCAUGCUCCUCUCUCUCUCUAUCUCUGGGACCAAAAAAAAGUAGUUUCUGUCAUCCAGGCAGUCCUCUGCCAGAAAUCGGACAGGGGAAAACUAAACAAAAGACAGAGGAAACAGUGAAAUAGCAUGCAUGGCUCACUAUUGUUCUAGUGAUAGAGCCAUUUCCUGCUGUAGUGCCGCAGCUGGCAUUGGUGCCGCGAAGAGCACAGUCUCCGUUUAGUCUCUCGCAGCCGUGCGUGGGCAAUAAGUUAUACAGCAUUUCUCUUCUCACUCUGGCUGUUAGGACAUUUGCUGCUGCAACUACUGCUAAACCUAUGGGCUUCCUAGAAAAGACCACCAGCCCCUGGAGCUUCUGAAGCCCUCUUCACUAAACCACAUUCCCACUGUUGAUGUGAGUGCGACGUUGCCGCUGCAAGUGCCCCCUGCCGCCAUCCCCAUGGACCUGCGCGUGGACCACCAGUUUGCGCUGGCGCCGGUCGAGCCCAACCAGCAGGAGCAGCAGCUGCAGCAGGAGCUGCUGGCCCUCAAGCAGAAGCAGCAGAUCCAGCGCCAGCUCCUCAUCGCCGAGUUCCAGCGGCAACAUGAGCAGCUCUCGCGCCAGCACGAGGCACAGCUGCAGGAGCACAUCAAGCAUCAGCAGGACCUGUUGGCCUUGAAGCAUCAGCAGGAGCUGCUGGAGCAUCAGCGUAAGCUGGAGAGGCACCGGCACGAGCAGGAGAUGGAGAAGCAGCAGCGCGAGCAGAAGCUGAUGCAGCUCAAGAACAAGGAGCGCGGCCAGGAGAGUGCGGUGGCCAGCACGGAGGUGAAGAUGCGGCUUCAGGAGUUUGUACUGAACAAGAAGAAGGCCCUGGCCCAGAGGAACCUAAACCACUGCAUGCCCAAUGACCCCCGCUACUGGUAUGGGAAAACCCAGCACAGCUCCCUUGACCAGAGCUCCCCCCCACAAACAGGGAUGUCCACUUACAAUCACCUACCGCUUGGGAUGUAUGACUCCAAAGACGACUUCCCACUCCGCAAAACAGCGUCUGAGCCCAAUCUGAAGCUGCGGUCUCGGCUAAAGCAGAAGGUGACGGAGCGCAGGAGCAGUCCGCUGCUGAGGAGGAAAGACGGCCCUAUCCCCACUGCCAAGAAACGCUCCCUCGACAUGGCAGAGUCGGCGUGCAACAGCGCUCCGGGUUCUGGACCCAGCUCCCCCAACAACAGCUCCAACAACAUCACCAAUGAGAACGGAGUGGCUGGAUCGGUCUCCAGCAGUCCUGUAGAGCCGUCCCUGGCGCACAGGCUGGCGGGUCGAGAGGGUCCUGUGAGCCAGCUGUCUCUGUACACGUCGCCCUCCCUGCCCAACAUCACUCUGGGCCUGCCGGCAACCGGGCCCUCCAGCGUGGCGCCUGGCCAGCAGGACGGUGGCGAGCGUCUGGGCGUGGGCAUGCCGGGGCUGCAGGCGGGGCCGGGGGGCAUCCCCUUAACCACUCCCUUCAUGGCGGGCGGCCACCUGCCCUCCUACCUGGCCUCCACCCUGGAGCGCGACGGGGGCUCCGCCGCACACAACCCCCUGCUGCAGCACAUGGUCCUCCUGGAGCAGCAGAAUCCCCUCGUCGCAGGUCUGGGGGGGCUGCCGAUGUCCUCGCCCUCCAUCCACAAGCUGCGUCAGCACCGGCCCCUGGGCCGCACCCAGUCGGCCCCGCUGCCCCAGAACGCCCAGGCCCUGCAGCAGCUGGUGGUCCAGCAGCAGCACCAGCAGUUCCUGGAGAAACACAAGCAGCAGUUCCAGCAGCAGCAGCUGCACAUCAGCAAGAUGAUGGCCAAGCCGAGCGAGCCGAGCCGGCAGCACGAGAGCCACCCGGAGGAGACGGAGGAGGAGCUUCGCGAGCACCAGGCGCUGGCGGAGGAAGGGGAGGGGCUACCGCGCGGCGUCACCGUCAAGCAGGAGCCGCCCGACGACCAGGAGCAGGACGAGAUGCAGCAGAGGGAGAGGCAGGCCGAGCAGGAGCUGAUAUUCAGACAGCAAGCCCUCCUGUUGGAGCAGCAGCGGAUCCACCAGCUGAGGAACUACCAGGCGUCCAUGGAGGCAGCCGGCCUGUCGGUCAGCUACGCCGGCCACCGGCCCCUCUCGCGUGCCCAGUCCUCGCCCGCCUCCGCCACCUUCCCCAUCGUGGUGCCCGAGCCCCCCACUAAACCACGCUUCACCACAGGGUUGGUGUACGACACUCUAAUGCAGAAGCACCAGUGCAUGUGCGGCAACACGAACACGCAUCCGGAGCACGCGGGGCGCAUCCAGAGCAUCUGGUCUCGACUGCAGGAGACGGGCCUGAGGGGCAAGUGCGAGUGUAUCCGUGGCAGGAAGGCGACCCUGGAGGAGCUGCAGACUGUGCACUCGGAGGCCCACGUGAUGCUCUACGGCACCAACCCACUGCGGCAGAAACUCGACAGCUCGGUGACACCUAUGUUUGUACGGCUGCCCUGUGGCGGAAUUGGGGUGGAUAGUGACACCAUCUGGAACGAGGUGCACUCCUCCAGUGCGGCGCGCCUGGCCGUGGGCUCAGUGGUGGAGCUGGUCUUCAAGGUGGCUUCCGGAGAACUCAAGAAUGGCUUUGCUGUGGUGCGGCCACCAGGCCACCAUGCAGAGGAGAGCACCCCCAUGGGAUUCUGCUAUUUCAACUCUGUAGCCAUUGCAGCAAAACUCCUACAACAGAGGCUCAACGUCAGCAAGGUUCUGAUUGUGGACUGGGACGUCCACCAUGGCAACGGAACCCAACAAGCCUUCUACAGUGACCCCAACAUUCUCUACGUGUCUCUCCAUCGCUAUGACGAUGGCAACUUUUUCCCUGGCAGCGGGGCAUCUGAUGAGGUGGGCAGUGGUGCUGGAGUAGGCUUCAAUGUGAACAUGGCCUUCACCGGUGGCUUGGAGCCUCCUAUGGGCGACGCAGACUACUUGGCAGCAUUCAGGACGGUCGUGAUGCCCAUCGCCAACGAGUUUGCCCCAGACGUGGUGUUGGUCUCGUCAGGCUUCGACGCUGUGGAAGGCCACCCGCCACCCCUGGGAGGAUACCGCCUCACCGCCAAAUGUUUUGGCUACCUGACCAAGCAGCUGAUGGGGCUGGCCGGGGGCCGUCUGGUGCUGGCUCUGGAAGGGGGCCACGACCUCACCGCCAUUUGCGAUGCCUCCGAAGCAUGUGUUUCUGCUUUGCUGGGAAACGAGCUGGAGCCUCUCCCUGAGGAGGUAUUGCAGCAGAGGCCCAAUGCCAACGCUGUGCGCUCCAUGGAGAAGGUUCUGGAAGCACAGAGUAAAUACUGGCGUUGUCUACAGCGCUGUGCAUCUACGGUAGGCUACUCCCUACUGGAGGCCCAGAGGUGUGAGACGGACGAGGCCGAGACGGUUACAGCCAUGGCUUCUCUAUCUGUGGCCAACAAGCAGCUUGGCAAGAGGCCGGAGGACGAGCCCAUGGAAGAGGAGCCGCCAUUGUAAGGGUGGCGCGUGUUACGCAGCAGUUGUUGUUGUUGGCUGACCUCUGACCUGUGCUUGACGAGCCCCCCCACCCCCACUGGGGGGCGCUCCUCUCUGGCUCCUCUCUGCUCCUCCGUUUGUGUGGCUGCAAGGGCCCCCCCGACGGAAACGGCGGAACUGAACGACAUCUCAACACCGACCAAGCAACCACCCAACGUUCCAAAAACAAAAAACAAGACAGUCAAACAAUCAAUCGAAACAGACAAUGCAUUAUCUUCAAAAAUGGAAAAAAAAGACAAGAACCUACAACCAAACACAUCAUGAAAUGACACUAAAAUAACCCCUUUCAAACAUACACACACACGUGAACACCAUCGGCCUUGUUUGAAGCAGUCUUUCUUCAACUAAACGGCCAGGGUGGGAGAGUGUGGGGGGGGUUGGGUGCUGGAAACUGUCCUCCAUGUACCGUGGGGGAGCGUCUCGUAGCAGGUUGACGAGGCAUUCUUCUCGCCGUGUCCACUAAAGAGGUUAGGGGGAGAGAGGUGUCUGGGUUUGGAAACGCGUCAACGGUCGACCUGACCAAUGAGCUAAAAGGACACUUUAAUGCCAACCCAGUGCCAACGUCUUCACUUUAAACCCACCCCCAGCCUCCUUGAGAUGUAGAGAUGCUGAGCGCCAGUGCUUUGUGACAAAACACAAAUGGCGCAAAAUGCAACAUCAAAAACAAAAGUAACAAACUGUCGAACUCAUUAUUGGGCGAGCUCUCUCUCCAUGCAGCCUUCCCCAAGACGUCUGCAUGACCAGACGUGCGGCUCAGCUGCAAGAGGGAGCAGCGCCAGCUGUGGCUUCUGUCUCUCUCUCUCUCUUUCUUUCUUUCUCUUUCUUUCUUUCUUUCUUUCUUUCUUUCUUUCUUUGUCUUCUUUUGCUGUUUUUUCUGCCUCCAUUCAUUUUCUUUUGUCUAGUUUUCAUGCUUUCACAAAGACAUGAAGCAACAGAGAGCUUUUUUUUAUUAUGAUACAAUUGCAAAGUUACUGCUUGAUGAUGAUGAUGAUGAUGAUGAUGAUGAUGGUGAUGAGAGAGAUGAUGGCGAUUGCGUUUUCUGGUUAACAAAAGGACAUGAAUCAGACUGUUGGAGAGGAGGCGUUUAUUUUGACCCUGAAAAGCUGUGUGCGUUGAGGAGGCCUUGUGUGUGCGUGUGCGGCGGGAAAAUGGAUUCCGAGUGCACCAGAGGGGACCUGCAUUCUGUAGAGAUACAAGGAUUGAAAAAAAAAAGAACUGAAAAACACUUGCAUGUGGAACAUGGACCCUUUGGAGAGUUUGUGCCUUUUUUAUUUUUGUGUGGGGAAAAAGCCGUUGGAUUUUUUUGUGACGAAAUUCAGAAGAACAUUGCCUUAAAACUUAAAACGACAGAUUGAGAAGGACUCUCUCCCCUUCCCUCCCUGUCUCUCCCUCUCUCCCCCUGCCCGUUUCCUCUCCCCUCUCCCCCUUCCCUCCAUCCCUCUCUCUCGGUGUUUUCUAGAGGGGUGAGAUGGGUGGCACAGGCCUUUGCUUGGCCACAAAAACAGGAAGAACCCUCAGCAUGUUUACCAGGAAUGCCCUACAGACAGCUAUGUGUUUUUUUACACACACACACACACACACACACACACAUACACACCUACACAGAGCGUAUGAUCGUUAUUCCUUCUUAAGUUUCCUCUUCUUUUUUUUGUUAUUUAACUGCGUGUACUUGUUUCCUUUUACCUUGCUUACCUUCAAUCUCUUUGCUGUCCAGAAGAUGAAAUCCUAUAUACAGUAUGGCUUGUAAGGUAGUUGCCAGUUGAACCAGAGCAAAAAAAAUUGUAGUUGAUGCAGAUUUCAGGUCUUUUAUUUUGCUCUGCGGUGCUUCUGAAGGUUUAAAACAUUGCCCAAUGUAGCUUCUUGCAUUAAGAAAAAAAACGAACUCAAACCAAAAUACAUAUCACUCUGUGAAGACUUAAUUAGCAUGCGGUUUAGUAGAGCAACUUUCCAUCUGCAGAAUUUGAAUGUUGUCCAGGCCAUAGACGUUAAACUGAAAAAGGAACUUAAACUAAUAUAUAUCUAUCUAUAUAAUUCCAAAGCAUGAAUUUGCUUUCAAGCGGAUUGAGUCUGUGCCAUUAACUGCAAGUUUAGGAGAUAAAUUAUAAAAAGGUUAUUUUUUAAUACGCAAGAAAAUCUCUUUGUGGUUUACUAGAAGCUUAAAAACUGACACAACUAUUUAUAUUUUGCCUACUCUUUUGGAAACAAAAAAAAGUUGGAGUCUUUCUGACUUUUUGAGUGUUUUGAAUGUUACGGUAUUCAGAUUCUUAUACAAUCAAAAAUAAGGGCGUUAUAACAAGCAGAGACCACCGACUUCUAAAAUUAUAUAUAUAUACACCACUUAGCAGGCGGACCAUUUUUAAACAAAACUUCUUGAAACAAGAGUACAAGGGCUGGUUACCAUUUUUCAGAAAUCUUUCUCUCGAUUUUUUUGGUUUUUCUUAGUUCUUUUUUUGUUUUUGCCAUUGAGCCUUCAGAUAUGCCACCUGGUGAUUGUUGUCGUGACCGUGUGUAGGGUUCAGGCUUGUACGAAAUUCCGAAUGGAAAGAAUUUCAAUUCAAAGUAAUGCCAUAAUACGAACACUAGGUGGUGGUGUUCUAUGUACUUUCAAUGGGUGGUGUAGAUUAAAUUCAAAGAAAUUCAAGGUAAUGGCACCACCUAGUGUUCAUAUUAUGGCAUUAUUUUGAAUUGAAAUUCUUUCCAUUCGGAAUUUCGUACAAGCCUGGUAGGGUUUACCUUGUUCUGUCUAGGCGCUAAUUCGCACAGUCAGCAAAACGCAGACGUUUUUCAGGUGUGGCAGGUGCUACUGAGCAUGUGUGUGUCCGUCACGUGACACAAACAAGGAAGUAAUCUGACCACCAGCUAAUUUAAACCAGACCAACAUUGCAAAAACCUUUCUGAAAGGACUGUGAGUUUUAAAAAAAAUAUAUGAUGAAAUAUCUAUAUAAAUAUAUAUACACAUAUAUAGACAUGUACACAUCUCAGACAAUCUGCAUGAAAAAUCUUUAAGGAAAAAAAAGAACUGACCACAUCUUUAUGUUUUAUUUUGUAAGGAAGUACACAAGCGUGUGUCUGUGUAUUAAAGCAUAUAUAUGGCACAUAUAUCUGUAUAUAUACACACAUGUGUGCAUGCUGUGGGGGACGUCAUUUGACAUGACCACUCCGGAACCAUCUCUGGCUGGUUCUGUUGCAGAGGGUCGAGUAGAUUUGACAGACUUGUUGCUUUACUUUUCUGUUUGUCUGUUUAUUAGUUUUGACGGGGAGGGUGCGUGCAGAUGCAGAUUUGCCGCAAACCCUUGUCCCUUCCGCAAAGCCUUGGGGUAACUACCUUAAACUAAGUUUUGUUUUUUUGUUUUGGUUUUUUUUCUGCUUAAAAAUACUGUCCGGGUUCACUGAUAGUGAACCGAUGUGAGGGACAGGCUCUGAGAAGGAGGGGAGGGGGGGGGUUGGUAGAGCAGAGCGGAGCGGAGAGCUAACACGGAGGAAGGAAUCGCCAGUUGCUGUCGUUUAUGUGCAUAUUGUCCCUCUCUUUUUGAUACUUUUCUCGCAUCCCACAUUGACUACUCCAUUCUUGACUGUGUUCUCCAUGUUCAACCUUGCCCGUUUUGUCAUUAUUAUUUGUCUGUUUCGUUUUGGUUUUGCCCAAGUGAGCUCCUUUUUUGUACUUAUUUUUUUGGUCAUUUGUUACCCUUUCUUAUUUGAGUUUUUUUUCUGUUACACUGUGUACAGUUGACAAUGUGUUUCACAUGCUUAUGGUUCAAGUGAGUUCUUUUUCUUUUGAUGUUUUUUAUUAUUGUUUUUCUUCAGCCUUUUUCCUGAGCUGGGGGCUCUAUUGGAGUAUGUCGGGAGGGGGUGCAUAAAAAAAGUUUCUACUUUGUAUAAUGAUUACAACAAUUGUGUAUUUACUAUAUGUUCUGUUCAUAGUAGAUUUAUAUAUGAUACGAAAACGUAAAAAAAUCUAUAGAUAUAUUAUAUAUUAUAAAAAAUACAGUCUUGUUUAAAAACGAAAAAAAAAAAGUUCAAAUAAGUAUUUGCAAGGUGACAUGCUCGUCUUUACUGUAUGUCUAGCUGGCCCGCUCUUGCUCGUGCCCUGCUCCAGGUCUUCUGCUCAAGGCACUGUUCACUGUUUGAGGCUGCCAUCGAAGUAGAGCACUACAGUAGCACCACACUGGUUCAUGCCCCCCGCCCCGCCCUUUUAACAUGGCUCCCAACGGUCAAUUCUGCCAGCUCCUAGAAAAAACCACACAACCGUAUGUUGAACAUAUCACCCUUCUCUUCUCCAGUUAUCUCUCCCUCUCUCUCUCUCUCUCUCUCUCUCUCUCUCUCUCUCUCUUUCUCUCGCUCAGUCUUACUUGUUCACUUUCUUGCUUUCUCCUUUCCCGUCUCUGCUCACUGCUCACUGCUCAUUUGUCUCUGAAAAUCGACCGGCCCAGGACAUAUUGCCAACUCGCAUGGCAGGCACCUCUGUCUAGUCAAACAAAAGCCAGCUUAGCUAAGGCCUUGUGCCUCUUCUCUGCGUUUGCCCCCGCUCCGCUCUCUCCCCGUCUCCGUUCUAUUCCUGUCUCCUCUGGAUGUGUGUAGCCGGUCGGUCGCUCGGUCGCUCGCCAUCCUUUUGGGGAGAGACGGAUGGGUGUCAUGACGCAUUGCGCCGCCACCACACACACACACACACACACACACCCCCGGCCUCUUUCAUCUCCCUCAGACGGCUCCUCUCUACAGAUGGGCAGAGGGAGAGAGGCUGAGUUGAUUGAAGACCUUCUUGGCUUCAACCGGGCCAAACACAUAAGAUGUCCAGCACUGUGUGACAUUUAUCUGUGCUUGGAUCAGACACACCCCCCCCCCCCCCUAUUCUUUAUGACUCCAAAGAUCCCACCGCCAGCUGGGCUGCCUGCCCCUGCACUACACACACCCCUUCCCCUUCUGACGACAGCAGCAGCAGAGGCAGCACCACAACCUCUUUUUUUCCGCUCUUUUCUCCUCUCAUCUUCUCCUGUCUUUUCUUCUUUUCUCUUACUCUCUCUUCCUCUUUCUUUUUGUCUGUUCUUUGUUCUCUUCCUGUCUCCUCCGCUCUCCCUCUUUAUUCUUUAUUCUUUUUUCUUAUCCUCUCUCUCUCUCCGUGUGGCACUCUGUCUCUCUGCUCUCUGUCGGUCUUUCUCCAACACUUAUGUUUUUAAAUCUCCCCCCACCCCUGACUGUUGCUUCAUCUCUUUCCGUAGCAGCUCCGCAGUCUGCCAUCAGUCCGUUCAGAGCAAGUGGAGCUAAAGCCCCCCCUCACAAAGUCAUCAUUUAGGCCCAUGAUCAUUCCUCCUUCUCACCAUUGUACCUUUUUUGUCUUGACCAUAUUUUUUUAAACAAAUGCACUGUAUGCACAUGCUAUGCCAGGAUCGUUUUGGUACAUCAGUUAGCAUUAGCGAUAUUUUUCCUUUUUAUUUUCAUCUUUUGUAUGAUCUGAAAUCAAGCUAAUUGCCAAGAUGGCUGAUGAAGCGUUGGAUGGGGUGUUGGUGAGAAAGCACAGAUCCGUUGUAUUUUUCUGUGCUCUCACGCAUCCCAGUCAUUUUGCCAUCUCUUUUGUCUUUAUUAUGAAAACUGCAACUGACAAUUUUAAGUGAAUGUUUCAUUGUUAUAAUUGUUAUCACUAGUAUUUCCAAUUUAUUUUUUUUCGGUUAUUAUCAGAGCUACUUGGGUGACAUGGACCUCUCCAUAGCCAAACGCAAACAGGUUUUUUUUCUCUCUCUCUCUCCCUGACCUCCACACUCAGCAAGUUCAGAGUAGCAGCCUGAAUGAUGGCCACCACCUCACUACACAUCAUUCGCAAAGGGACCUUUUUACCUUUUUUUUGUCAUGGUCUGUCGACCCCCAGCAUCCACACACAUUCAGUCAUUCAACUGCUUAAAGCCCCAACCUUCUACAUCCCAUGUCAAAAUAUUACAUUCCAUUUAUUUCGUAUUUUUGUUUUGCUUUUUUAUGAUGUCUUUUAUUUUAUGUUUUUUUUUGUGUUGGUUCUUGUCAUUCCUGCUUAUUUGCCAAGAGGCCCAACUGAUGUUUAUUUCCAGGGCCUGGUUUGGGCAUUUUUUUGUACCAUUCUUUCUUUCUUCCUUUCUGUCUUUUUGUCUCUCUCUCUCUCUCUCUCUCUCUCUCUCUCUCUCUCUCUCUCUCUCUCUCUCUCUCUCUCUCUCUCUCUCCACCUCUGUAGGUUUUUUCUGCAUGGUUUGUGUGUUCGCAUGCCUGUCUGUCCUUGUAACAUAUUUGCACAACGGAGGGGCACAGAAGGACAGAGACUCUUUUUUGCAGCAUCAAAGAGUGCAUGGGAUUUGGACCCCUUUCUCUUUUUGUUGUUGUGGUCAGUAACGGAGGAAGAACGAUGCGCUUUGUGUCCAACAGAUGUGCUUUUUACGUGUAUAAAAAAACGCUGAAUGACUUCAAAAAAAACAUUUGAAUAUUUUACAAAAAACUUUAUCUAGCACUUGUGACAUACAGACCAUAGAUUUUAUUGUAUUAAUGUAGAAAAGAAUUGUUUUAGGUGAACUACACACUAUACAGUUAAAACACAUUAGACUGCCUGUGUUUUUCCUUUUUUUGUUUUGUUUUGUUUUUCCCCUGGUCUCUCCUCUGGGUAAAUGUGGAGGGGGGGUUGGGAGGAAGACCAGGAGAAGAUUGGGGUUUCUCUCUGUGAACAUCUGGACAGAUCACAGGGCUGAUUCCAGAUGUGUGACAGGUAUAUCACGGUCAGAUUGUCUAACCCUUUUCAAGCCAGUCCUAUCUGUAUGACCACUGUGGUUCAAGAAACAGUUCUAGGUUUACAAAAAUGUUAAGAAAAAAAAUGCAUAUUAUUUUUAUCACUUUGUUUUAUUUGAUUUGUUUCCAUUGUUACAAUAGAACUUUUUCUUGGGACCUUUUUCUCUAACGUUUGUCUUUGACAUCAACUAUAAAGUACCAUGUUUUUGAAAAACCA